GAAUAAUCGUAAAAUGCUUAUGGCAUGUUUCAGAUACCUCAAGUGAGCUAUGCGUCAACAAGUACUGAAUUAUCCGACAAAAGUCGUUUCGAAUAUUUCAGUAGAGUCGUACCACCAGACAGUUUUCAAGCUCAGGCCAUGGUCGAGGUGAUACAUCGUCUAGGAUGGAAAUAUGUUUCCACGGUUGCCGUCGAAGGUGAUUAUGGUGAAAAGGGUAUAGCAAGUUUCAUAUCGUUAUCCAUGGAAUAUAACAUUUGCGUAGCUGUAAGUGAAAAAAUCUUACGAAAUUCGAAAACAGAAGACUUUGAUAGGAUUGUCGAGAGAUUAAGCACGAAACACAAUGCUCGAGGAGUCGUUUUGUUCGUUGAUGAGGAUAAUAUAAGAAAACUACUUCAAGCUACUGUGAGAGCCAAUCGUACGGGUCAUUUCAUGUGGGUUGGUAGUGACUCCUGGGGUGCUAAAGUUUAUCCGGUUCGAGAUCAAGAAUUUGCUGCAGAGGGUGCUAUCACUAUACUACCCUUUAGGACUGCCCUUCAAGGUUUUGACGAAUAUUAUUUAAAUCUUCGUCCAAGAAUGGCUAAUGAAUGUCAAGGACAAACUGAGAGUAAUGUACCACAUGAAUCAUUGCCUGGAAAGAUAGUAAAUUGUAGGAAUAUAUGGUUCCGUGAAUUCUGGUCACAGCAUCAUAAAUGCACUUUUAGUAAAAAUGCUUCUACCGAGAAGACGACGAUAUGCACUGGUACUGAAGAGCUUAAGGAUUACGAGCAAGAAGGGCUAGUACCUUUCGUUGUCGAUGCUGUGUAUGCAAUGGCUCACGGGGUUCACAACGUGAUAGAAGAAGAAUGCGUAAAUGAAUUUCCUGGAAUGCAUUAUGUUUGCGAAGCUUUGAAACCUGCACCCGAUGGCCAACAACUUCUACAAUAUAUUCGAAACGUUACCUUCAUUGGUCGUCAAGGUACAGAAAUUAAAUUUAAUAUCAACGGCGACGCCUAUGGGUUUUAUAAUAUUUAUCAAUAUCAACGUAACGAAGAGAAUCGUUUCGAUUACACUCUAAUUGGAACUUGGAAAGAGGAAUUGGCUUUUGAUAUCAAUAUGACCAGAUGGGCAACAGGAGCUGGUGAAUUGCAUAUACCAAGAAGUUCAUGCAGCGAUAAUUGUCCCUUAGGUCAUGUGAGAAAUUUCCAGGAGGCAUGUUGUUGGAGAUGUGUAGCUUGUAGAGAAGAUGCUUACGUGUUUAACGAUACCUGCAGUAGCUGUGGACCAGGUUAUGCCCCGGACGAAACAAAAACAAGUUGUAUUAAACUAACAGCCGAAGUUAUAUCAUGGACUAGUCCUUGGGCAUUAGUACCACUUGUGUUCGCAUCCAUUGGAAUUCUCAGUACACUUUUCACUACGUUUGUAUUUAUUCGAUUCAAUCGUACACCAGUGAUCAUGGCUUCCGGUCGUGAAUUAUGCUACGUAUUACUCGUCGGUAUUUUAUCUUGUUACGGAAUGAGUUUUGUUAUAUUGAGCAAACCAACAACAUGGAAUUGCACGUAUCUUCGUAUUGGUUUAGGACUUUGUUUGAGCAUUUGCUACAGCGCUAUACUUACCAAAACUAAUCGCAUUUCACGUAUAUUCAAUCAAGGUACGAAAAGUAUCAAAAGACCAUCCUAUACUUCCCCAAAGAGUCAAGUUGUUAUUGCUAUCGGGAUCACUGCAGUCCAACUGAUCGGUGCCAUAGUUUGGCUAAUUAUUGAACCACCUGACACAACAGAAAUCCAUCCGUAUCCAUUAUCAGCUGUAUUGACAUGUCGAGUCUCAACGUUCUCAUUGAUGAUGUCUCUAGUGUAUAAUAUGUUCCUAAUAUUGAUGUGUACAUUGUACGCAUUUAAAACAAGGAAAAUACCAGAAAACUUUAACGAAGCUAAGUACAUUGGUUUUACCAUGUACUCGACUUGUAUAGUCUGGCUUGCAUUUGUUCCUAUAUAUUUUGGAUCGAAAAACGAUUACAAGGUUCAAAUAGCAAGCAUGUGCAUGUGUAUCAACAUCUCAGCAUCUGUUGCUCUUGGUUGUUUAUUCACACCUAAGGUUUAUCUUGUAUUAUUUCAACCGUACAAGAACGUUAGACCUGGUCCUAACCCAGGAGGUGUACACAGUAGUAACAGACAAACAUUCAUGACACGAUUUUCCGGUGCAAGGAGUCAAACGAUGCAAAGUAUGACCUCGGGUUCACGUAGCAGUCCACUUCCAUCGCGUGCAUCUCGAAGUGAGCAAAAACAUGCAAAUGGUGAAACUCAAGCACUUGCAAGCCCGUCAGUCGAAGAAGCAGUAUCAGUUAGCUAGGUCGCUCUCAUACACCUCCCACCUUAUUCAGAGCAUCAUUCAAAGUUGCAUGAGAACGGGGUGAUGGAGGUGUAUGUCGAUGAGGGAAUCGCUAAAAAAACCGAAAAACUAUCGAUCGUUAGUGAAUUAUCCGAGUUGCCAGAUGUGCCAAGUUCUGACGAGGAGGAGGAGAAGGAGGACUGUUGCGACCUUGAACAGACAACAACACCGAUCAACAGUAUCUCCGAAAAAAUAGACGUUUCAACGAAAUUGAACGACGAGGAAACUCCUAUUGGAUUUAUUUACAGUGCAUCACCGACGUUCUCCGAAUUUUCAUCAUAGUGUUCGACGACAUUUAAAUCGUUUCUUAACAACUUUCAUCGAAUUAUACGAUUAUGAUAUCUAUAUACUUGAGUACAGUUUUUUACUCUUGAGAUUAAAAAAAAAAUAAUAAUAACUAUACGAAAAGAUCUCUUUUUUUACUAUUUCAAUUAAUAAAAAUUGAUCGGGGAAGGAUUUUUGCCCUAAAAGUUUUAUGAUACUAAUUGAUCUAAUCGAUCGCGUGUUUAUUCGUACGUAUAUCAUCUAAUAAUCUAAACGUUCAUUCAUAAGCGAUAUUUUACACAAAAUUUGUCAUUUUCUAAUAUAAAGAUUUCAGAAAAAAAAGGAAAGACAAAAUUGAUCGAUAAAAAAGAUUGAAUUAAUUUUUAACGAGAAUAAUUAAUUCUAAUCUCUAAAGAAAUUUUUUUUAUUGUUUAAUCAUCUAUUUAUUCGGAGAAAAUUCUAUGUAAAAUAUUUACACGUAAAUAAUAUAUAUAUACGAUAUAUUAAAUUGAUUUUUCAAUCGAAUUAAAUGAAAACAUUAUUAAUUAUCACGUCGUUAAUUAUUAAGACGAUAUUGUACAAAAAAAUUAGUAGAGGCCAAAUUGAAAAAAUAAAAUAAAAAAAAAAUACUUGCAGCACGAUAAGAGAAUUGCUAGAUAAGAGAAAAAAAAUAAAAAUACACGAUGAAUAAUAAAAAUAUUAAUAAUAAUGAAGAUGAUGAUGAUGAUAACGAUAGUUUUUAGUCCUGUAAUUAAUGAUGAUCGUGUCUAUAUUUGUAGCGAGAAUAAUUAAUUAAUAAGCGUAAAGAAAAUUUCCAACUUUCUUUCAUUUUGCUUUCUUUCGAUAUAUUGAUACAUUUUUUGUUUGGCAAAAAAAUAUUAAUAUCGUUGCAUAUCGGGGAGAAAAAAAGAAAGAAAAUGAUGUUUAUAACUUAUACGCGCGUUUAAUAUAAUAAGGCUCUGAAAUACUUUCAACGAACAUCGAUUUUUAAAUAACAACAUUUCUCUUCCUGUUAAUCGGCUCUAUUUCUCAUAUUUCUAUUUGCGUCGUCUCGAUGAGCACCGCUGUUUUUGUACCGAUAAUAACAUUUCUAAUAAAAUAUAUUAAAAUAUUAGAAGAAGAAAAAUGAAAGGAAAAAAAAAUCUCUUAGAUAAAUAAUUAUGUAAUAAUAAUAAUAAUAAUAAUUGUGUCUAUAUAUAUGAGAGAAUCAAAUUUUCAUAGCAUAUAUAUGCAAAGUGUUCGAGAUUUUUCGGAUUAAACGGUGUUUGUGUAUUCUAUGCACGAAUAUAUAAUAUAUUAUUUAUAUAGCAUUUUUUCUUCAUAUUUUUUUUGCAUAGAAUACAUUUAAAUCGUUUUGUCAGAAAAACUUCAGACACCUUAUAUAUAUAUGCAUGUACUUACAUAUUGUAAAUAAUAUCAAAUCAUUGAUAGCUUUCUUUACAAAAAAAAAAACGUGUUCGCAUUCUUUAGUAUAUAUUAUUACUACGUAUACACAAUUGCGAAUAAUGAGAUAAUUAUUUUAUAAAAAAAAAAAAAUAAG